UGUACGUCGUAUCUUCCUUCGCGGUGGGUCGGAAUCUUCCGAUAUGGAGAAUGACUAUGAUCAGUUUCGUAACCAGACAUGGUGGAAGGAAUUGUUCUGGUACGGUCAUGCCGACAGCAAGGACGGGAAACAGUACUGCGAGGCACUUUCGUACAGGUUGAGUUCGUACGGUGUCUGGGAGAGAAUCCACUACAAGCCCGUAGGGAUGGGAGUUUGGGAAUAUCCGCUUCCAAACCUUGAGAUCAUGAUCUUCUCCAUGUUCUUUCUAUGGCGUUUCUUCGACAUGUUCUUCAAGAAGCUCCACUUCCCCAUCCCCAAGUUCUCCUCCAUGAUGCUCGCUGGGAUGGUGCUGGGCAUCGCGGCUCGUUCGAACAACAAUUCAAUGGUGCAUGAGAUCUUUUUCCCGGACGGAUACAGGGCGGAAGAUACAGCAAGAACCAUCGGGGCAUUUGGGUUCGUCUUCUUCUGGUUCCUGAGAGGUGUGACAAUGGACGUCGGGAUGCUCAAGAAGACAGGACCUAGGGCUUUUGUCAUCGGUCUCUCAACUCUGAUAGUUCCUAUGGUUUCAGGCAUUGUCUUCGCCUCUUUGCUGUACAUAUACGGCACCCCAACCAUUACAGAAAGCGAGUACGGGAUUCACGCGUACAUGCUGAGCGUGACUUCCUUCACCGGCAUCAACACUCUCCUCAGGGAUCUCAAGAUCAACCACACCGAGUUCGGUAGGAUCGCUCAGUCAUCGGCCAUGGUGACUGAUUUCGUCUGGUUCCUCUUAAGCCUCUUAGCUCGCUUGAAGAUUUCAUAUGUCCCUUACUGGAAGGUCCUGCUCGUGAUUAUGUUUUUCAUCCUUCUUCUGUACCUUCUGAGACAAGCAAUGUUCGAGGUUAUCAGACGCACACCAGAAGGAAGGCCCGUCCAGAGCGUUUACAUCUAUAUGAUCCUCUUGUUGUCUUACAUAUCUUACUUCUUCUGGGACUAUAUCAUGUCCUUCGGCCCUUUCGGUUCGUUCCUUCUCGGUUUAGCCAUCCCGGAUGGCCCGCCAUUGGGGUCCACCAUGAUACAGAGGUUCGAGAGCUUAAACGACGGCAUUUUCUUGCCGCUCUUCGGGUCCAUAGGGAUGCUGCAGGUUGAUUGGACAUGGCUGUUUCUUGAGUUCAACAACUUCAAGAAACUAAAGGGCCUUGCCUUUGAGGCUGUCUGCUUAAUGCUUUUCUUGUCGAUCGCGAAAUUCGCUGGCUCCUUGUUAUCAGCCUUGGCGACGAAGAUGCCAUUGAGAGACUCUGCAAUUCUCGCCAUUGUUCUGGGCAACAAGAGCUGCUUCGAGAUGGCCUACUUGUUAUACACAUUCGAGGACGGGAUCAUCAGAAGGGAGGUUUUCUCGGUAACGUGUGUUGCCAUCCUCGCGAACUCUCUGCUUACACCAAUGGCGAUACAUCUCCUCCAUGAUCGGUCCAAGAGAUUCAUCUGUUACCGGAAAAGGAACUUGUUGAACUUGAAACCAAACUCCGAGCUUAGAAUACUUGUAUCCAUCAGCAAGCCAGACAACAUAGCAUCAAUGAUGAACUUUCUGAAAGCUUCUUACCCAUCAGAAGGCCAUCCGAUGUCGUGCUACAUCCUUAGUCUCGUCGAACUUGUUGGUCAAGCCACUCCUACCUUUAUCUCCCACCAGUUGCAGAAGCCGAAACCCGGAAGCCGGUCUUUUUCAGACAAUGUGAUAAGCUCCUUCCAGAGCUUCCAGAAGACUUUCUCAGACUUGAUCUCUGUACAGAUCUUCACUUCUGUCUCUGCAGCCAAAGAUAUGCACGAGGACAUUUGUUGGCUUUCCCUUGACAGAAGUGUGAACCUAAUCCUGCUUUCGUUUCAUCGGACUUGGGCGGUUACCGGUACUUCCAUCGUUUCUGAAGACGACAACAUGAGGAAUCUCAACCGCAACAUCUUGAAACGAGCUCCUUGCUCUGUCGGAAUCCUUGUCUACCGAAAACCCAUCUGGCAAAACAAAGUCGAAUCUCUUAGUCAGAUCUGCUUGAUUUUCGUGGGCGGGAGAGACGACAGAGAGGCAUUGGCCUUUGCAAACCGGAUAAGACGUAACAAGAGAGUGAGCCUGACACUGAUGAGGUUCAUCCCGGAGACUGGAGCUGGCCAAGGAGACGAGUGGGCUCAGAUGCUCGACAAGGUGAAUCUAAAGGAAUUCAUGAGGAAUGUGGGAGGAGAAGAAGAAGGGGAUAACUCCAUAGUUUGCGUGGACAAAACUGUGUCAGACGGUACUCAGACUUCAAGUAUCCUGCAGGCGGUGGCUUUCGACUACGACCUGUUUAUAGUGGGAAGAAGCAGCGGAAUGGGCACUGCUGUCACGAGUGGACUCAGUGAGUGGCUCGAGUUUGAUGAGUUGGGACUCAUUGGAGAUUUCUUGGCUUCUGAGUAUUAUCCUUCGAGAGCCUCGGUCUUGGUACUGCAGCAACAAGAAUGUGCCAUGUAGCCUCUUCAUUCUUUCUUUUUAGCAUCUUCUUCUUCUUCUUCUUCUGUAACAUAACGAAACCAUUGCAGCAUUCGAAAAUCUCGA